GGGGCGGCGGCGCCAUGGCGGGAGCGGAGCGGGGACAGCGGGGACAGCGGGGACAGCGGCACGGGCACCCCCCGGGCCGGCUGCUGCUGCUGCUGCUGCUCGGGGGGCUCGCCGCGCUGGCCGCAGCCCAGGUGACCUCGGAGGACCAGGAAGUGCCGGAGCACAAACCCGUGGAGGUUCGCUGCGCCGCGUUCCGCUCCGGCUCCGGCAGCGCCCGGAUCGAGUGGAAGUUCCAGAGGGGCUCGUCCCUGGUGCUGAUCUACUACGGGGGGGAGCUCACAGAGCCGUACCAGGACCGUGUCCAGUUCUCGCCCACGUCCAUCCGGUUCCGCUCGGUGACGCGGGAGGACAGCGGGAAGUACAUCUGCGAGGUGGUGGCCGAUGGCAGCCACAUCGCCAAGUCCGAGGUCAACCUCAUCGUCCAAGUGCCCCCGGGGAAGCCGCUGGCGCACGUGCCCAGCUCUGCCACGGUGGGUGCCCGGGCCGUGCUGCGCUGCUCCGAGGGCCAGGGCUCGCCGCCGCCCACCUUCCGCUGGUACAAGGACGGCACCGAGCUGCCCCAGGACCCCAAAUCCAGCCCCGCCUUCCGCAACUCCUCCUACAGCCUGGACCCGCGCACGGGGGAGCUGAUCUUUGAGCCCGUGGGGGGCUGGGACACGGGCGAUUAUCACUGCGAGGCCUCCAACAACGUGGGCAGCCCCCAGAAAUCCGACGUCCUUCGCAUGGAAGCCAGCGAGGUGAACGUGGGCGGCAUCGUGGCCGCCGUGGUGCUGCUGCUGCUGCUCCUGGCGCUCGCCGCGUUCGGCAUCUGGUUCGCCCCACAGGCGCGGCUACUUUCGGCAAGUGAUGCCGGCGGGAAGAAGGUGAUUUACAGCCAGCCCUCGCGGCGCAGCGAGGGCGAGUUCAAGCAAACCUCCUCGUUCCUGGUGUGAAGUCGCCUCCGCCCCCCCCGGACACUUUUUCCCAAUUCCCGGAAUUCCGACGGAUUUUGGGAAUUCCAGCAAGAUUUUGGGAAUCCCACGGGAUUUUAGGAGUUCUGCGGAAUUUUGGGAAUCCGGCAGGAUUUUGGGAAUUCCAUGGAAAUUUUGGGAAUCCGGCAGGAUUUUGGGAAUUCCAGCGGGAUUUUGGGGAAUUCCAGCAGGAUUUUGGGAAUUCCAGCGGGAUUUUGGGGAAUUCCAGCGGGAUUUUGGGAAUCCGGCAGGAUUUUGGGAAUUCCAUGGAAAUUUUGGGAAUCCAGCAGGAUUUUGGGAAUUCCAGCGGGAUUUUGGGGGAAUUCCAGCGGGAUUUUGGGGAAUUCCAGCGGGAUUUUGGGGAAUUCCAGCGGGAUUUUGGGAAUUCCCGUGGGAUUUUCGCCGCGUUUUUUUUAAAGCCUCACCGGUGCCUUCGCCGCCGCUGCCUCUGGAGCUUGGGGGGCUGGGGGGGUCCCUGUGUCCCCUCUGUGUCCCCUCUUGUCCCCCUCAUUGUCCCCUCCCAUUCCCCCCUUGUCCCCCCCCCCCCCCAUUGUCCCUCCUUGUCCCCUCUCUGUCCCCGGGGGGCUCCGGGAGGGGGGGCGGGGCGGGUGCCACCACCUGGGGACACAAGUGUCCCCCCCCCGUACUGGGAGCGUGGGGGGGGGUACUGGAAAUAAACCUGUGUCCUUUA